GCUGUCCCAGAAAGAAUUAAAUGUUUAAAAAAUGACGAAAAUUAUUGAACUUUGUCCAAAUGAACGUCUCCUAAAUCCCAAUUUUGAGAAAUACCAAUUCUGCAAUGAAGAAAUUUCGAUAGAAAUUGAAAAACAACUUGAAAAAGAGGUUUUGCAUGUGGAAUUAAGUCCCUCUCAGGAAUCAUGGCUUGAAGCAAGAUUGUUUGCCCUUCACAAUCAUCUCUUCUUGAAUCCCUUUGAUGAAUCUUGCUGGUUCGUCGAUAAGACGGGAGUAGUAUGGCGAUUUACAAAAGCAGGAAAUCUCGAAAAAAUCCACACAUUAAAACCAUUGUCCGAAUCCCAACCCAAAUACAAUCCAUCAAUCGGCUUUGCUUCCAACGAAAUCACAGCCAUCUCCAACGGAGGUAAAAAUCUAGAAUUUUUAAUCGAAGACUCCCAGAAUCAACCUUUCAUUUUCGAUGAUGUCGAUUCGGGAAUUAUCAUGGAUGUGCAACACAUAAAGGAGAAUUCUUCCCUCAUUGUCAGUAUCUACAGCGUUGUGGAAUUCGAAACAAAAAAAUCCUCUCGUUUAACUCUACUAACAUACUCGUAUAAAAAAGAUGAGGGAUCUUUGCCGAUCUUGUCGCUAUUCAGGAAACAAAUUUUAAAAGUAAAAGGCACAGUCGAGUACAUCUAUGUGGAAAAGAAUGGCAAUUAUUUUCAUACUGCUAGUCAGGAUCCAGUGGUUUUCGAGCAUGAUUCCCUUCAUCCGAUAGAAAAAGAACAAGAAUCCCGAAGCGCUCAAGAGAUUAAGAUUCCAAAAUAUUGCUGGUCACAGGAUGAAGAUUCUCUCACGGUCUGGUUGAAAAUUCCCGAUAAAUGCAGUAAUAUUCCGGCAAAAGUUGAUGUUAACUCUACAAAAAUAUCCGUUGGGAUGAAGGAUGUGAUUUUAAUUGAAGGUGACACUCAGCACAAACUGGAAUCUAAUUUAGCGACUUGGAAAACGAAAGAUGAUACCCUGGAAAUCGAGUUGACGAAAUCUGAGAGUGGAUUGAUGUGGAGUGAACUUUUAAAAGGCGACACUGGUGGAGAAUUUCUACCUAAUGAAGCCUUGACAGAGGAAAUUCACUCUAGAUUGGCCCACUUGUGUUCAGAUCAGCCUGCAAAGGCGGAACAACCCGUGAUGGGUUUUAAUGCCGAGCAGCUCGAGGAAUGUGACUUGGCAGGAAGGGAAAAUGUUCUUCAAAGAGUUGACAUGACUACUCACAGCACAAGUAAUAUUUCGAUGCUUGGCAGCAGUAAUUGUAUACUUUUUACGCAGAAAAUUCAGACUGGCCAGAUGCUCUGUCUCAGGCACGAUCAUGAUGGUUGUGUCUGGGUAACUAAACAAUCUGACGACGAAAAUUGGGACCCGGAACACGUUUGGACCUUCCCAGGUUUUGGUUACGUCGUAGCCAGCAAAACUAAUAACAAGUUUUGCAUUUCUCCUCCCAAUGGAUCUUUCGUCGCAAUAGUGGAACAUACGCGACACGCAUUUAUUUACCAAAAACCAGAAAACGAUGCGGCAAUCGCAAAACAGCGAAUCAUCGAUUUCAAAAGUAGAACUCUGCCGAUCCUCGGCGCAGCAGGUUUUGACAAAUAUUUCAUAGUAUUAACAAAAGAUCGGCUAUAUCGAUUUCGAGUUUAUUAAUAUAAUAAUCUAAGCAUUUACAAAUACAUGAUUUAAGCCUCAUA